GUAAAACGAAAACGCAUGAGAGUUUCGAUUUGUUAUUUGCUUGCAUAGAUGGCGCAUCGAUCUUGUAAACUGCGUAUGCCGAUCUGACGUUUUUGGUUAUUUUUGUUCUCGCCUCGUGUUUACUUUAGUGUCUAAUUUUGGUCCAAUUGCGAAAAUUCAGUUGUGCAAUACUAUAAGGGUUAAUAUUUCGUUUGUAAACUGUGUUGCCGGACAGAACGCUAUCGAUCCGUAGUUCCGGACUAGUUAUAUGUAUACAGUUUUAUCACGUGGUGGUGUGGUGGUUUAUAUAAUUCUUGUUUACCGCACAAGUCGAAACUUUGCGCAUGUGCGUCCCGUCAGUAACCUCAAAUUGUAGAGUAGGCACGGAUUCGGCAGGUUCCGGAUAUCCGGGUCGCGACGCGGAGGCGGUGGUUCUUGCGGCUGGUUUGUGAUGUGCCAUCGUGUAAGGCGUUCACGCCCCGCGAGUGAACAGCGUUGGUGAUACGGUCCGCGCGCCUGACAUGGCCCAGACUCAGUUCACGCGGAGCUCGGAGAGCGACGCAUGGGCGCUUCUGUCCCUAAAGUCGGCGCCGCCGUCGCCGUCCAAAGUACAGUGGGCUCAGGAGCCGGCGCCUAUUGCUAUCGCGCGGCUCGACGGCCGGGACUUCGAGUAUGUGAUCCGACAGAACCGUGUUGUGAUAGGACGGAACUCGAGCCGCGGUCAGGUGGACGUGAAUAUGGGACAUUCUAGUUUUAUAUCCAGGCGGCACCUGGAGCUGCUGUACGAACACCCGGAUUUCUACUUGACGUGCAAUAGCAAGAACGGCGUGCUAGUGGACGGCGUGUUCCAGCGGAAGGGCUCGCCCGCGAUGCUGCUACCCAAAAGAUGCACAUUACGUUUCCCUUCCACAAACAUCCGCCUGGAGUUCCAGUCGCUGGUGGAGGAGAGUGGAGCGGGAGCCAGCACGGGGCCUCCGCUGCCGCCUCUCCGCAUCACCAUACCGGUGGAAAACGACGGCCGGAGUCCCGCACCUUCGCCGACAGGAACGAUAAGUGCGGCCAACAGUUGCCCCACAUCGCCUCGCGGCGCCGGCUCGUCGGGCCGCCGCCACGCGGACCUCGGCCUGGUGGCGCACUACGCCGCGCUGGCAGACCACCAGCGGCCGUCCUCGAAUGGCACCGCCGUGUCGUCCACAACGUCGGACUCCGGGUACAGCAGCACCAGGGAUGUGAGAGAAGGUCGAGAGGCUCGGGAGUCCCGCGAGGGCCGGGAGGCUCGCGACGAUGCCAAGCCACCAUACAGUUACGCCCAGCUGAUCGUACAAGCGGUGGCUUCAGCCAUAGACAAGCAGCUUACUCUCAGCGGCAUCUAUAGUUACAUCACGAAGCACUACCCCUACUAUCGCACAGCGGACAAGGGCUGGCAGAACUCUAUACGUCACAAUUUAUCGCUCAAUAGAUACUUUAUAAAAGUGCCGCGCAGUCAAGAGGAGCCCGGCAAGGGCAGCUUCUGGCGCAUCGACCAGCAGAGUGAGGGGAAACUCAUCGAGCUGGCGUUCAGGCCGAGGCGGCCGAGGGGCGUGCAGUUCCGAGCACCCUUCGGCCUCACGUCCAGGAGCGCGCCGACGUCCCCGUCGCAGGUGGGCGUGUCGGGGCUGGUGACCCCUGAGGAGCUGUCGAGGGAGCCCACACCCGACCUGCUCUCCGGCGAGGAGCAUGACCACCAGGCAAGUCAGCAGCGGCUGAACAGCAACAGUCAGUCGACGCAGUAUCUGUUCCCGCAGCGCAGCGGCAUCAGUCAGAGCGCGCCCGGAUCACCUGGUCACGGGUUGGCGUACAACUCUGGCGGUAGCGGCCUUGUGAUGGCCGGACACCAGAUCACUGUCGUGACCAAUGGAGCAGGCGGGGAGCGGGAAGAGAAGUAUGUGGUGGGAACCAGUUCUGUGGGGAACCUGGUCUCCAUCCAGGAGGAGGAGGUCCCCGCCAACGUCGUUAUACAUCAGCAUUCGCCGUAUUACGCGGGGAGCUACGGCGGCGCGGAGGAGUCGUGCGUGGGCGGAGAGCUGGUCGUGGAGGACGCGCCCGAGCCGCCGCACAAGCGUCCCCGACACCACAACAUGUCGGACAUAGAAGACCGCCGCGCAUAUUGACGGCCCGCGAAGCUCGCGUCAGUGCGCGCUAUAUCGCGCCGCACUAACGCCGCACUAGCGUCGCACUAGUGCCGCACUAGCGCCGCACCAACGCUGCACUAGCGCCGCACUAGCGUCGGAAUAGCGUCGCACUAGCGCUGCACUAGCAUCGGAAUAGCGUCGCACUAGCGCUGCACUAGCAUUGCACUAGCGUCGCACUAGUACCGCAUUAGCGCAGCUACGAGUGCGGUCUAUUAUAUAUAUAGCGCAAUAUUAUAGCGCACAUAAUGCAUACGCUGUUAUACCCUCCAGGGUAGAGUGGAAUCCUGAGGAAUUUGGUUUAUAAAUAUUGUGAUCACGAAUUUGAUUCACGGAUCGUUAAAAAAUGAUUCAUGUAGAUUUGUCAAUUGUUUGAUUGAUCAAACAUUAAAAGAAGUUACGAUAUUUUGUCAUCCAAUAAAAAUCUUAAUUAUAAAUAUAUAAUAAUUUAAAUAUUAUUAUUUAUACUUUAAGAUUAAAAACAAUGAUAAUUGUGAAUAAUAUUACAAUUUAUAUACAAAUGUAUAAUUAUAAAGAAAAAUCGGAUUGAUUGUGAUAAAUUAAAUUUCCUUACGGAAUAUUGAGAUGUUAAAGAUAUCAUAUAGGCCAGUUUGGUUACCUGACAAUAUGGAAUUUAUAUCUUUCUUCCACUAUACAAUUAUUGGGAGAAAUGGCGCCAAAAUACCAGGAUAUUCCACAUCUACCCUAAAGAAAGGGUUGUUUGAAAGUGUAAUUAAUCUUAGCAAUAAUUCAACAUGGGUGAUUAUAUAAUGGACAACAAAAGACAAUGCAGUUGGUUAAGUAAUGUGUUUGGUACGUUGGAUUUUAAGUGCUAAGAUUCAAGUUUCGGCGGUACAUUUUAAGUUUUAUGCUAAGUAGCAUGUAUUUUUUUCGGACUCUAGGGCUCUGGACCCGCUCUUUGACGUGGCAAACGUCGCUUUAACUUGUGUGGCCAGUUUCAAAAUUGUUUUAAAAAAGGCGUUUGUUUUUUUUUACUAAUGACAAGAGAAAUGCAACCGUAUUUUUUUAUUGUUUAAUGGUAGUAAAGUGAUUCUGAAGCUGGCAAUGUUACGUGAAUAUUGAGUGCAAUGGAAAUUUUAACUUUUUUUUUUAAUUUUAGUUAAAAGAGCAUGGUAAAUGUUAGUAUACAGUACUAAAAUGAAUACUUAAAUGUAUAGGAUUGUUUGCGAGUUGCAGGCAUGUUGGGACGGCAUUGUGUUGUGAAUUCACAAUAGAUACCAGAUAUAUAUAUUAUCUGUGAGAGUUACUGGAAUUCUACAUAAAAAAAAAUUGUUAAAUAAACUCAUACUAAUAAAGUAUAGGAAUUAUUUUAGCCGAUUUAAAAUUGUAGAGGCGAGAUUGAAAUUAAAUUUCAAUUUUUUUCUCUAUUUAUAACAAUUCUCAUUGAGUUACAAUAUAUUGAUGUGAAUGUAUUGUAUGUAUGAACAUCACAUUAUGAAUUAUAGAACAAAGAUUUGGCGGUUGUUUAGAGGUACUAUGUUAUUUGUCACGCAUACAUUUCAUAAUAGUAUCAGUACAGUUAUCUAGUUCGCAAGUUCGCUAGUUCGUAGCCCGCGACUUUGUCUGCGAUAUCUGCUUAAUAUCGCUACUAUAUAUUUACUUAAGAAUCUUAUGAUUCUGCAUACAAACUUUUAAAGCCUAGAAAGAACUAGAA